GGUUUUGGUUUAGGGUUUAUGCAAAUUCGUUUGCGCGGAAACGAUCGAUUCCAUGACGAUCAAGUGCGUUCCCCUCGGAGCCGGCCAGGAUGUGGGCAAGAGCUGUGUAAUUGUGUCCAUGGGAGGAAAGAAGAUAAUGUUCGAUUGCGGGAUGCAUAUGGGAUAUCAAGACGAGCGGCGCUUCCCAGAUUUCUCGCAGAUCUCCAAAACCGGGGAUUUUACUCACGAAAUUGAUUGCGUCAUCGUCACACACUUCCAUUUGGAUCAUGUUGGAGCUCUACCAUAUUUUACUGAAGUUUGUGGUUACGAAGGACCUGUGUAUAUGACUUAUCCAACAAAAGCUUUGGCUCCGAUCAUGCUGGAAGACUAUCGCAAAAUUAUGGUUGAUAGAAGAGGGGAAGAAGAACAGUUCUCGACGCUUCACAUUCAGCAAUGCAUGAAGAAAGUCAUUGCUGUGGACUUGAGGCAAACGAUUCGAGUUAGCAAGGAUCUAGCGUUCCGCGCUUACUACGCUGGACAUGUUCUUGGAGCUGCUAUGUUUUAUGUGAAGGCCGGAAACAGUACAGUUGUUUAUACGGGUGACUAUAACAUGACUCCGGAUCGUCAUCUUGGAGCGGCUCAGAUAGACCGAUUGAAGCCGGAUUUACUGAUCACCGAAUCGACUUAUGCUACAACUAUUCGUGAAUCGAGGCUGGCUAAAGAAGCAGAGUUUCUCAAUGUGGUACAUACCUGUGUCAGCAAAGGUGGAAAAGUGCUCAUACCAAUUUCGGCCCUCGGCAGAGCUCAGGAGCUGUGCAUACUUCUGGACGAGUACUGGGAACGCAUGAAUCUUAAAGUUCCCAUCUACUUUUCUGCCGGAUUGACGAUGCAGAGUAACGCGUACUAUAAACUCCUGAUAAGCUGGACAAAUCAGAGAAUUAAAGACACUUACGUGACUCGUAAUGCUUUUGACUUCAAGCAUGUUUUUCCAUUUGAUCGGACGCAACUGGAUGGCAACGGACCGUGUAUACUUUUCGCUACGCCCGGGAUGCUCACAGGCGGACUGUCCUUGGAAGUUCUAAAACACUGGGCUCCUGUAGAGCAGAAUCUUCUCAUCAUACCCGGGUUUUGUCUCGCGGGAACUGUGGCACAAAAGUUAUGUUCCGGAAAGCCCACGCGGGUAGAAGUGGACAAGCGAACGACAAUAGAUGUUCGAUGCCAGAUACAUUUGCUCGCUUUUAGUGCUCAUACGGACGCUAAAGGCAUCAUGGAUCUUGUGAGACAAGUCGAGCCUCGCAACGUCAUCCUCGUCCAUGGGGAGAAACUCAAGAUGGAUGUUUUGAAGGCUCGGAUCAACAAUGAGCUCGGGAUGCCGUGCCACAAUCCCGCCAACCACGAUGUCGUCGAGGUACCUUCGCACUGUCUCUUCAACGUCGAAGCCUCCAAAGAGCUCGUGUCUUUAAGCAUGAGUUCGUACUACAGCAGCACACACUCGGCAAUGGAAGACUCCGUGACUUCGGACAGAUGCAAGCCGGGGAUUCCUGUGGAAGGAAUUGUGCUUACUACAAACUCAUCCAAGAUCAAACUGGUACAUCCUUUCGAAGUUCCAUCAGUUCUGGGUGAGCCGAAGCACGACAUAUCCUUUAGCAGUGAGGUGGAGAUCAUCUUGGAGGAGGAGGAAAGCGAAGCCGCAGGACAGCAAUCCCACGAUGCAGCGACAGAACCAUCCAGCAAGAGAGUCCGGAAGGACUUGAAAAGGACUUUAAGCCUCGACUUGGAGCGUUUGCCGGAAGAAGCAGAGACCGAGGCCGAGCAUCCCAAGGACCAAAAGUUCUUACUCGACAUCAACGAAGUCCCGGUAGCAGGCUCGCCGGAGGAAUCACAGCAGGUUUUCACUCCUACUAGCGAAGAACUCUCGAAGCUCAUGACCAGCGUCUACUCGGAAGCUGUAAGCUGGAUCAAAGAGCUCACUCUGGAGGACAACUGCGUGAGGUGUCGCAGCCUGGAGGUCUCUUUUCUCUGCGGGAAGCUCUGCAAAGAAGAUGGCGCUGUGAAACGCAAGGCCAGCUUGGAGUGUAGAUGGAAGUACGAGGAAAAUGGUCUGGCGAACAGGAUGCUGGGCAUUCUCCGAAACUUUGCGAGUUUUGGCGAGACCAUUUUGAUAUCACUGCAAGUUAAAGAGGUCUUUGGAAAGCUUGGAGUGCUUAAACAAGCUUAUCAGGUUAUGGGCCGACAUCAGAUGUAACAAGAGUUCGUUAACACGUCCUCCAUCCAAGCGCCAAAAGAAACCAUGGAAUAAUCUUCGAUAAGUGGAGCACAUGGGUGAUAAUAUUAAUUAUACGUUAGUCUAAUCACAGCUUUAGCAAUUUUAAAUCUCC